AAGUUAUAAAAUAAAUCACCAAGUUAUAAUUGUAAAAGACAAAACAUGGUCUAAAACAAGUUUUACCUAACUUCCAAUUGUUAUUAUUAAAUAUUAUUACUAGGCAUAGGCCUCUUAAUAAAAAAAUAAAGCUAAGCUCAAACUCAAAGUUAGUUCGCAGUUGGGCCUUGGGCCAUGGCCAUACUCUACUUAAGUCUAAUACUCAGUCAGUACUGCCAUCUCUAACUUACUAAAAGUCUAACUCUUAGUAAUAAUAGUAUAAUAAUAAUUAAUAGGCUGAGUAUAAGUAUAGGCUUGGCUUAGACUGUAGACAGUGUUGACCGUACUUCAUGCAAUCAAUUUUUUGGUAUAAUAAUACUAAUACUAUAAAACUAUUUUGGUAUAGUUAGUAUAGUAUCAGUAUCAUGUCCAUUAGUCGUUGGGGCGCCACAGAUGACAAAUUAAAAGUAUAAAAAAUUACAAAAACUGAUAAAGUCUAAAAGUAAAACUAAAGUUAAAUAAUAUGUCAAGCAAAAGAGAACUAAACACUUUCCCAAUAAAUCCUUCAAUACUAUUAAAAUUGGAUAGUGUUGGCUUUACAACGGUGGAAGAUUUCAUCACUAUCAAGCCGUCAGAGCUAAGUGCAGGUAAAAACAUAGGCCUAAUCUGAUUACUAAUCAUUACUAAUCAUCAAUAAUCAAUUUGUGGCAUAGUAAUAUGCCUAUACUAGCCUAUAGUAUAUGCCUAUAGGGUAGGGUUGCCAUAUCUAGCUGGGACCUCGUCAGGACACUCUGAGAUGGGGGUGUAGAAAUGAGGUAAAAAAUUAUUUAAUAUUAAUAUAAUUAUUUAUAGGGUCUAUAACGGUGACAGUCCUGAUAUAUCGGGACGGAUGGCAACCCUACUAUUACUAUAGGCUAGGCUAGACUGAGCCAAUUCAGUCCAAUAAAAAAAAUUAAAUAAGUAUAAAUAAAAAAAUGUAUUAAAUUAAAAUGCAGGCCUCUGACUAUGAAAAUGAUGUCAGGUUUUCUUACUGCCUAGGCCUAGACUUAUCCCCAGUUAACUUAUCUAUGAAUGGCAUAUUAAUUUUACAUUUAUUAUUGCUAUUUUUGGCUAUUCUAUUAUAAGUUUAAGUAAGUUACUUCAUGCAUUGUUUGUAGUUUAGUGAGUACCCUAUGAAUCAUGAAAUAUUUAGCUAAAUAGAAAAUAUUACCUAGAUGUUAAAAAUUCAAAUCACGUUCAAAAUAUCUUACUGCUGGCUAAAACUAAUUUCUGUUAAUGUUGUGAUAAGAAAGAUAGAUUGCUAUGCAGUUGUUGUUGGUUUUUUUUUUGGGGGGGGGGGCGACAUUUUCGGCCAACUUCAGAGUUUUUCUCGAUGAAGGGGCGGCUAAAAUAUUGACCCGCCCGAGGGCGUUAACCCAACCUAUACCACUGUUGCUAUGGAGGGUGUUGGACUGUGAAAAAGCUUAAAUGAAUGAAAUAGUGAAACGAGGUAUGUGGAAGCUUGAAAUAAGGUAACAGGACAAAAACGUUCUAGAAAGAGCAGAUGAAAUGAUGGAUUUCUUCCGCUCCAGAUCCUAUCCUGAAACUACUCUAGUCUCAGCACUAGAUCGCAUCAGCACGAUCACACGAAAAGAGGCUUUCAAAACUCGCCCAAACAACAAUGAGGAUCGUACCAAACUUAUACUAACCUACCACCCUCACAAUUUAACUGCCAAAAAAAUAUUCCUAAAAAAUCGUAGCAUACUUCUUGCUGACCCUGAUACCAACAGGGUUUUCUCAUCCCCUCCACUGAUUGUCUUUAGACGGGACAGAAAUCUAGGUGAUCUUCUGGUUCAUAGUCGCCUUCGAUCUGAACCGUCUUACGUUGGUACUAAACCAUGCUUAAGAGGCCGCUGCAGAACUUGUCCCUUUACACUCCAAACUGAAAGCAUUGGCCUCCCUAAAGGUACCUUUACCAUUAAAGAGGGUUUCACCUGUGUCAGCAGAAAUGUAAUAUAUGCGAUUGUUUGCCGUAGAUGCCUGAACUUGUCCCUUUACACUCCAAACUGAAAGCAUUGGCCUCCCUAAAGGUACCUUUACCAUUAAAGAGGGUUUCACCUGUGUCAGCAGAAAUGUAAUAUAUGCGAUUGUUUGCCGUAGAUGCCAAUCUAGUUACAUAGGGGAAACUGGGAGAAGAUUGGCUGAUAGGUUUACUGAACAUCUAAGGGAUAUUGAGCAAUGUAAACCGGUCUCUUCUCAUUUCAACCAAAAAGAACAUAAAGGUGCAUUGGAUGUAACCAUUACGGCAUUGAUUUCAUGUAGUAACACACCAGAUAGGGUUACAAUGGAAAAUAAAUUUAUUCAGCUGUUUGGCACCAUAUCUCCAUAUGGUAUUAAUCAAAUAAUAUCCUACUGAUGUUUCUCCGUUUCACUUUAUUUUCUCUAUUUUCUUAUUGCUGUUUGUUGAUGUAUCCCUGGAUAUUCUGGUCCAUUAUUAUUGUGGACUUUAUUUUUCACAGUGUCAAUAUUUAUAUUCUCUCGCUUCCUGUUUUCCCACUUCCAGAGAGACGAAUGAAUACUGCUUGAGUUGUCUACUGUGUUCUUUUCUUUGUUAUAUUUUCAUUUCUAUUGUUGGCUGAGGAAGGCUUUAUGCUGAAACGUCCUUGUUUUUUGUCCUGUUACCUUAUUUCAAGCUUCCACAUACCUCGUUUCACUAUUUCAUUCAUUUACAUAGCUUGAAAGCAGUCCCUUCAUUUAUUUAUGAAAAAGCUUAAGUCAGUGUUUCCGAACCUUUUUGUUCCAUGCUCUUACCCUAAGCAGUUAAAGGUUUUAUGUUCCCCCACAUUCAAAUGAAGUUAAACCAUAACCAAACUGUUUUACUUACACUACUUGUGUUCUAAGAGCAGUUGCUCUGAUGAUGUUUUGUUGGCACAAACAAAUUUGGAAUUUAUAUUUAACAUUAUACCAUUGAUAAUGCAUGUGUCUGUGCAAUUGAAAUAUAAAUCAAUAGUUAUUUUGGGAUUAGGCUUAGCCUUAGACUUGAUGUUCAGUAUCAUUAUUUUUGGAGCUUAAUUUAUUUACCUAACCAGUAGGUUUAGAUAAGUUUAUUGGAAAGUCUACAUUUUAUGAGAGUCAUGUAUUUCUAGCACUCCAAAAAUUUAAAGAAUAGCCCAUAUAGAGCGGAAAGGUAUUGCAUUGAUUGUAUAUGGCUCAAUUAAUCAAUCUGAAGUGUCAUGAAACAUUUCCCCUUUUCUUGUUUCAUUGAUACAAGAGGCUAAUAUCACACCUCAAGAAGCUCUGGAUGUUUUAAAAACAUUAUUUGAAGAUGUGAAUGCCGCAGUGAGAAAACAAGUUACACCUGUUGCAAAGUCUGCCCUAGAUUUGUUAAAGGAAGAGCAGGUUAGUCCUACCUAAAACAUUUCAGUCACUAGAAAAAAAUGUGCAAGUAUUUUUAGCUGAGGUCACUGAGGUGAUUAAGCGUGAAAAACGUGAUGGGAUUUAGAUGUGAAACAAAAAUUGUAUGCUAAAAUUGUAUCCAGUUUUUAACAAAUAUUAGUUUGACUGUCUGAGCAAAUUUCAGCUUUUUGUGAAACAUAUUUUGAUUGUUAAAUCUAUAUUUUUGAGUAUAUUGCAUAAACAUUGCUGAACAUUAUGUGUUGUUUAUGCACAUCUUGUAACAUAGAGUCAUGGAUUUCAUUGUAAAUCUUGUAACAUAUAGAGUUAUUGCUUUCAUUGUAAAUCUUGUUUCUCAAAUUAGAAUUAAUGCCUAUUAAAAGGGAGAGACAGGACAUGACACUAGUUGAGAAAGCAUUUAUCUAAUAACCAUUUGCCAUUUUGAAUUCACAAACCUUCCUUUUCCUCUCAAAAAUAAUUUCAUUAUUAUUUAUGUUUUCAUGCCAUGAAUCUUAUUUUCUCAUGUAUUUCAUCUUAUUAUUAAAAAUAAAAUAAGGAGUUUCCUAUUUUAAAUAAUGGAACAUGCAUAAAUUUUUAAAAAAUAACACUUUAGUCUGCAUUGCACUUUUUUUAAAGGAACUAGGGUCCAUUGUCACAUUUUGUGAAAGUCUAGAUGAUAUGUUGGGUGGUGGAGUUCCUCUCAGAAAGAUAACAGAGUUCUGUGGUACACCAGGCAUUGGUAAAACACAGCUUUGGUUAGUGUGUCAGAAAUAGAUUUUAAAUCUUGAUAAACUUAAUUAUUAAUAAUAUAUUUUUAAUUUUUGGGCAUGCAGUGUCAUCUUUUAAAUUCUCACAGACAAUCAUUUUGUUGUAAUGGUGCUAGAGUAAAACUAAUUUGGAUCUACUUACUCUAUAUAUAUAUUGAAGCCUUCAGCUGGCUGUUGACGUGCACAUACCAGCAUGUGUAGGAGGGAUGGAUGGUGAGGUUGUUUACAUUGACACAGAAGGAAGUUUCAUUGUUGAAAGGAUGGUGGAUAUUGCAACAGCAACAGUAGAGCAUUGUCAUCAGAUUAAUAUGGAUGAAGAUGGAGGCAUGCAAUAUUUUUUAUUAAAUUUAAAUCUUUCAAUUUAUUAUUAUUAUUUUUUACAUUUUUCCAUACAUGUGAAUCUAGAAAGUCCAAAAUUUGGUGAAGUUUUGGUAUAGACAAACAAAACUGAGUAAUUAGUACCAAUGAGUCAUUGCGGAUUUAAAAAAAAAAAAAUUUCAGUUGUGUAACUAUAGUGGUAAGUAAUUUGAAGUUCCUAUUCUGUUUAAGUUAGCCAUAAAGCUUUUUAGAGAGUGAAUGUUUUUAUUUUUUGUUCCUCAUUCACCUUGGAUUUGAUGAUAAAUAAUAGGUUUUCAUGUAAAUUAUAGAAACCAUUGCAUUUUUUAAAACAGAAAAAUUGCACAUAUUCAGCCUGAAUUAGUUGAUAAUAAUCAUACUAAUCUCAUAUUUUUCAGAUAACUCAGGUCUAACUUAUUUUACAGUGGAUAAAAUCUUAGCUGGCACACACUACUUCCGCUGCCAGGAUCACAUAGAACUGAUUGCAACUGUACAUAUGUUGUCCAAGUUUUUGACUCAGCAUAGUAAAGUAAAUAAACCAAACUAAGAUUAAGAAGGAGGAAAAUCUUUUGUGAAAGACGUAGUCAUAUUCAUAAUUUAAAAAAAACCAAAAGAUUAGUUUUGGAAAUAACACCAGCAGGAUAGAAUAUGAUAUAUACAUAUAUAUAUUAUUACUAUAAUGAUCAACAUACUGUUGUAGAAAUAAAGAGAAAUGAUUUUGUUGAAAAAAACUGUUUAUGAAGGUUCCAGAUUUGUGUGUAUAUUCUCCAUCCAGGAUAAAUUUUCACAUUUUAUUGCCAAUUGGAAAUUCAAGACAGGAAAUGUUGGAAAGAAGAAUAAAAUACCGUAUUUAUCGGCGUAUAACACGGACAGGCGUAUAACACGUACCAUUCACGCUGCUGUGCGGUAUGUACUAUGGGUCCUUAACAUUAUAUCGGCGUAUAAUACAUACACAUUAUUUGCCCCCUAUUUUCAUGGAGAAAAAGUGCGUGUUAUACACUGAUAAAUACGGUAGUUGCAUUUCUUGUUAAAUUUCUUGUAAACUUAAAUCACUAAGAUAGCUACUUAAAAAAAAAAAUUAUAAUAAUAAUAAAAUCCAUGAUGUAAAAUAUCAAAUUUUCAUGCUUUAAAACAGGUUAAGCUAGUGAUAGUGGACAGCAUUGCCUGCCCUUUUAGACAAGAUUUUACCGACAUGUCCCUUCGUACAAGGCUACUCUCCACUCUGGCUCAAAGCUUCAUUAAAAUUGCAUCACAAUUCAACAUUGCAGUAAGUCGGAUAUUGCUAACAUUAUAAAAUAAUAAUCCUAUAAUUACUACACCUUUGAAUUUUUACCUCUGUCUUGCUUAAAAAUUAUUGGAAUAUUUCAUGUUUCUCAUUACUCUGUUAUCUAAAUACUUUAAUUUUUACCUCAGACCUGAAUUUCAUUUGGUUUUAUGAACACUUUAGUUAGAAUUUGAAAAACUAAUUUCUUUUUUGCUUUUAUUAAAUCCUACUUUUUUUUUGAUUGGGGGAAAUAUUUCAGUGGUGAAAUUCAUAUGGUAAUACAAAUAAGCUUUCCAAGUUAUUUUAUAAUUGUGGCUUUUUUUUUCUUGUUCAAAAACUCCAGCAAGGAUGAUACUAUUUAUCAUUUAAACAGGUUGUUCUGACUAACCAAAUGACAACUAAGAUAGCACCAGGGUUAGGAAACUCCCACUUAAUCCCUGCAUUAGGAGAAAGCUGGGGUCAUGCUAGCACCAUUCGAAUCAUCUUGUUUUGGGAGCACAACCAAAGACAGGCAUUGUUAUACAAGUCCCCAAAUAAACAAGAAGUAGUGGCGUCAUUUCAAGUGACUGUAAGUUCAAAUACAGCUUUCAACAUUCUAUUUUAAAAUCGAUAAUGUGUGUAGAAUGACCACCGAAACAAUAUAACUAAAACUAAAUUGUUUCAUAAAAUUUAUGAAACAAUUUAGUUUUACUUAUAUUACAUGUAGUCCUUCCCGAUUGAAAGCUGUUAAACACACAAUGACUAUCUCUAUGUUUUCAUUUUUAUUGAAAAUGCAGGCCAUAAUCUCUUUAUUUUAUUUUAAUGAAAAUCACUACACUUAUACUCAACUGAGCGAUGACUGAUGCUAGUGCUAGUGUGAGUAAAAAUAGCAUAAAAUAAGCAUAUUCCAAUUUCAUCAAUUUCAAACCAGUUCAGGGUCAUAAUAUGUUAAAUAUAAUUUAUAACUAGCUGAAUGAUAAUGACAUUGUGAAAGUAUAAAUUUGAAAUAAUUUAUUAUAUUAUCAUUGACUCAUUUACAGCAACAGUACAAGAUAUUAAUGGCGUGUACACUGAACACUGCUUUAGAUAUUUUUUUUUUUUUUUUUUUUUUUUUUUUUUUGUUUUUAUUUUUUUUUUUUUUUUUUUUUAUUGUUGUUUUUUUUUUUUUUUUUUUUUUUUUUUUUUUUUUUUUGGGUAAAGUAAUUGGGUUUUUUUUGGCCACAAUGGGUUUUAUUAUUUAAAGUGGUCACUUAAGUUGACUUUGUGAUGAAGUAGACCAUUAAUGGCUUUUUAAAAGCCAUAAAAUAUGGUUUAAUUAAAAAAAUUCAAUUUUCAGUGGAAAAAGCAGACAAGUCACAAUGUUGGGUCAGCCUGGUAAUAAGCUGUAAAAAUGUAGUAAAUUGUCACAAAAUAUUUAGUAACUGAUAUAUUUUGAAAGUAAAAUGGUAUCGCUAAAUAAAAACAAAAUCAUGGCAUCUUAUUUUUACAUGUGAAAAUAUUGGGUACUUUUAAACUUUAAAAUCCACUUUUCUCAAAAUCUUCAAAAUGUGACAAGUCUGGUUUUUCCGCUGAGGUCUUCAAAUAGAUUUUCCUAAAUUAAUAAAUGAAUAUUAACAGUGCUAAUUUAAUUUCUUUUAUCUGAAGCUUGGUGGAGUGCGUGAUGUUAAAAGGUCUUCCUCGAGUGCAACAACAAGCUCAAAUUGUGAUGCAGCUUCAUCUAAUGCCAGUGAUAAAAGGCUGCUUGCUAAUAUAAGUUCUGAAGUUGCUGACCCCCCAAACAAGAAACAGAAGAAAUUAUGAUUGGUUUUUAGAUCAAUGUAUAAUUAUUAUCUGGUGAUAUGUGACAAAUUAAACUAUUUGGGUAGCAACUGAAAUUUGUACCACAUAAUCAAAUUGUUUAGAUAAUGCCAGGUAGUUAUUAAGAAUAAGUUAUUUUUAAGUACCUAAUAUAUUCAUGUUAUAUGGCAUAUUUUGGGGUGAAGACCUUUAUGUGUUACUUUAUUUUACAUGUAAAUAAAUAGAUGAAUAAAUGUGACCUGGAGUGUUGGUUAUCACUGGUUUAAUAUCAAAUAUUAAAUUUCAAACAUUUAUGGAUAACUAAGCUGUAUAUAUUCACCCAUGGAAAUUGGUAUAAUCAGGGAUCAAUGAAUAAAUUGGUAAGACAAGGUUAAUCACUUCUGAUCAAAUAUGUUAAGACUAACUAUUAUUGUAUUAUAUUUAUUGAAUAAACAGUUUAU